GUAAUACUAGUGUUGUUAAUUAACAAAGAUGAAAUGAAGAUCCUCUACCGUCUUUGAAGAAAUCGGUGUAAAGGUUUUCUCAUUUCAGAGAUUGAAAUCCUCCCCUGCUCAGCGCAGGUUUAUUCUGGACUUUUUCCUUCAUGGGUUGGUAUGGACUUGAAUUGGGUCGUUAGAGCUAUACACCAUUGUCGGCGAAUUCUAUCUUUCGGUCCUGGGAAGGCAUUCCAUUCUCACUUAAUAAAACUUGGGUUCUUAAAGGAAGUUUUUAUAGUAAAUAAUUUGAUUGCCAUGUACGUAGAUUUCAGCUUUCUUGAUGAUGCCCAACAGUUGUUUGACGAAGCGGCUAAGAGAAAUGUGGUAACAUGGACCACAAUGAUCUCUGCAUGUAAUGCGGCUCGAAGUCCUCUUGAAGCAUUGAGGUACUUCAACUGGAUGUCAGAGUCUGAAUCAGAAAUGCCCAAUAGUUUUACGUUUUCUGCAGCUCUGAAAGCAUGUGCCCUCUUGGGGAGUCUCGAAUUGGGUAAGUCGAUCCACAGAAAUAUUCCUAAAGCUACAUUGGAAUCUGAUACUGUUUUGAUGAAUAGCCUUCUUGACAUGUAUGUUAAAUGUGGGAGUUUGUAUGAUGCUCAGAAAGUUUUUGAUGGGGCUUUGUUACCAAAUUCAAAUUCAUGGAACACGAUCAUUGGAGGGUAUUCGAAGGAAGGUAGGAUGGUGGAGGCACUGAAUCUAUUUCAUCAAAUGCCUGAACCUAAUGUUGUCUCAUGGAAUACCAUUAUUGCAGGCUUGACACUUAAAGAGAGUGUACAGGCAUUGGAAUUUGCAUCUUCAAUGCACAGAAAAGGCAUUAGGUUUGAUCAGUUUACAUUCCCUUGUGCUCUGAAUGUAUGUGGGUGUCUGCAUCUAUUAACAGUGGGGCAACAGAUCCACUGUUAUGUGGUCAAAUCUGGGUUUGAGUCUGGUUGUUAUACUGGAUCUGCUUUAGUUGAUAUGUAUGCAAAAUGUACUAGGGUGGAUGAAGCAACUAAGUUUUUUGAUCAAUACUCACAACAUGAAGCAUCUGUUCAUGAUAAGCUGGCACUUUGGAAUUCUAUGCUUUCUGGUUAUGUUCUUAAUGAACACCAUGAUGCGGCACUUGAUCUGAUUUCAAAAAUGCAUGGCUCAGGUGCAUUUCUUGAUUCAUACACCUAUAACAGUGUUCUGAAGAUCUGUACUGACUUGCUUAAUUCAAGUCUUGGGCUUCAAGUCCAUGGCUUAAUUGUUACAAGUGGGUAUGAAUUAGAUUGUGUUGUUGGAAGUGUUCUUACAGAUUUUUAUGCAAAACAUGGAAACAUGACGAAUGCAUUAUUAUUGUUUCAGAGGCUUCCCAAGAAGGAUAUAAUUGCAUGGUCCGGUUUGAUUGCAGGAUGUGUUAAAAAAGGAUCACACUUUUUAGCAUUUUCUCUAUUCAAAGAUAUGUUUUUUUCAGAUCUUGAAGUGGAUCAGUUUGUUAUUUCAAGUGUUCUUAAAGCUUGUUCAGAUCUAGCAGGAUUUGAAAGUGGUAAACAGGUUCACACUUACUCUAUUAAGAGUGGAUAUGAAAUGGAGGGAGUGGUUGUCACCUCUCUCAUUGAUAUGUACUCAAAAUGUGGUGAAAUUGAAGCUAGCUUAAAGUUGUUUAAUGGUGUCAGCAACAGAGACACUGCGUGUUGGACGGGGAUCAUAGUUGGGUGUGGGCAAAAUGGUAAACCAGAGCAGGCAAUACAAUUUUUCCAAGAUAUGCUGAAAUCAGGGGCAAAGCCAAAUUUGAUCACAUUUUUAGGAGUUCUUUCAGCAUGUAGACAUGUUGGUUUGGUGGGGGAAGCUUGGAUCUUUUUCAGGUCUAUGGGAGUGGAGCAUGGGCUGGAACCCCGUCUGGAGCAUUACAGUUGCAUGGUUGAUCUUCUUGGUCGAGCUGGAUGUUUUGAUGAGGCAGAGAAGUUGGUACUCUCAAUGCCAUAUGAGCCGGAUCACAACAUAUGGAUCUCCUUGCUUGGUGCCUGUGGGAUUCACAGGAAUGCUGAACUUGGUAAGCGCAUUGGUAGACAUCUUCUUGAAGUCUCGCCAGAAGAUCCAUCUGUGUAUGUGACAUUGUCGAAUAUUUAUUCUUCUCUGGGACUGUGGGAAGAAUCAAGCAAAUUGAGAUGUGUCAUGAAAAAGGUGGGGAUAAAGGAAGCAGGGAAAAGCUGGAUUGAGGUCAGUAGUUAAGAAAUGCUGCUGAGAGAGCAGGACACAGCUCCUUCUGAUGGUUGGGAAGGAUUACAGACCAACCCCUAGUGGAGGGAUUCCCAUGAAAAGCAAAUUACAGUUUACAAAAAUGCUUGCACACUUUUUCCCCAUCUAUGUUCUACAGAUCAACGAAGUUCUAUUUUCUGCAACAACCUCGAGGUUGUUCAUUAGAUCACUAGGAAUGGAAAAAGAAAGAGGAU